AUGACGAAGAAGCUGAAGCCGAAGCUGCAUGCACGGGAUAACAUCAUUGACUUCCUCGUACGCACGGACCAUUUCCUGAAGCAAUAUGAUCCGGCCAAUCACGCUCUCCAGGUUGAGGCACGACUCGACAAGCUUGAUGAAAAGUGGGACGAAUUCGGAGAAGUUCAGACGCAGAUAGAGGAGAUGGAAGAGCUAGAGGAGGAAAGGACGGACCAGCACAAGAGAACCCGAGCCGAGUUCGAGGAGUUGUACUUCCAGGUAAGGGCAGGGUUGAAAUCAAAGUUGCCAACCAUCCCAAUUUCUCCCUCUACCUCUAACGAUACCCCUCCACGUAUGGGAACAUGUGCCAGUAUUCAAUUGCCAAAAAUUAACUUGCCAGAAUUUAACGGGGAAUUUGACAAGUGGUUACCAUUUUUUGACACUUUUAAAUCGCUGAUCCAUGGCAAUCCGGAUCUAAGCGCGAUACAACGUUUCCACUACUUACGAGCGUCUUUGAAGGGUGAGGCGCUGAAGGUGGUAGACGCAUUCCCAAUGAGCGAAGCGAGCUACGGUGCUGCUUGGUCUGCUUUGACUAAGCGAUUUUCAAAUGUGUACUUGCAGAAGAAGCGACACGUAAAUGCUCUGCUACAGUACCCGAAAUUAAAGAAGAUAACAGCAAGUGGCAUCCAUGAUGUCAUCGACUGCUUUGACCAACAUCUGAAAAUUUUAGAUCAUUUGGGAGAAGUGACUGCGGGUUGGGGGGCGAUGCUGACGCAGCUGGUGAUAUCGAAGCUGGAUGACGUUUCGCAGAAAGAUUGGGAAGAAUUUGCUCUGAUGAAGGAAGAGCCAGCGUACCUGCACGUGAUGGAGUUUUUAGAAGGACAAACCCGAAUUCUAGAUGCGAUAGCUGUCGACCAGUGUUUCGAAAGAAAACAAGUUUCACUCUCUUCUCCUACCCCACCAGCAAAGAAACCGUUUUCGAAGUUGUCGGUCCAUUCAGUGUAG